GAAUAUGAAGUUACCUUUUCUCACUCUCACUCACUGUCUUCUUCCUUUUAUUACCCUAUUACCAGUGUUUGCUUGUGUUGUAUUCUAUUCGAUUCGAUUCUUGUGCUUCUGCUCGUUCUCCUCAUCCACAACAAAACCAAACCAAACCAACACCUUCUUCACUCCCACCACCGAUUUCCCUCACACAAACACCGCCACAAUCACCAGAGGACGACGACGGUGCAAGAGAGUGAGAGUGUUUGAUUGAUUCCAAUCCAUAUCCAUGGCUUGUUCAAUUCGACCCACUCUCACUUCCUUUAGGUUUUCUUCAACUCGCUCCCUCUUCAACCCCUCUCCCUCACUCUCUUUCCUCCAUCUAUCCUCUGCAGUUCCACAAUCUCAUAGUUUUGGCCUGAAAGCAACCAGGCUGGUGAGACAAGAUGGAAACUCAGUGAGAGCCAUGGCGUCGCAGUCGGUUGCGGCGGCUGCUUCGCAAGAGAAUGUGCUGGAUUGGGUCAAACAGGACAAGCGGAGGAUGCUUCAUGUUGUGUACAGAGUUGGGGACCUGGACAGGACUAUAAAAUUUUAUACAGAAUGCUUGGGAAUGAAGUUACUAAGGAAGCGUGACAUACCGGAGGAAAGAUAUACUAAUGCCUUUCUCGGAUACGGGCCUGAGGACUCUCAUUUUGUUGUUGAACUUACAUACAACUAUGGAGUUGACAAGUAUGAUAUUGGAGCUGGAUUUGGUCAUUUUGGUAUUGCUGUUGAUGAUAUUGCAAAAACAGUGGAGCUAAUAAGAGCCAAGGGUGGCAAAAUAACUAGAGAGCCUGGUCCUGUUAAGGGAGGCAAAACAGUGAUUGCAUUUAUUGAAGACCCUGAUGGUUACAAAUUCGAACUUUUGGAAAGAGGCCCUACUCCUGAGCCAUUGUGCCAAGUAAUGCUUCGAGUCGGAGAUCUUAACCGUUCCAUAGAAUUUUAUGAGAAGGCUUUUGGGAUGGAGCUGCUUCGCACACGAGAUAAUCCAGAGUACAAGUAUACUAUAGCAAUGCUCGGUUAUGGUCCUGAAGAUAAAAGUACUGUUCUAGAGUUGACUUACAAUUAUGGAGUCACUGAAUACGAUAAAGGAAAUGCUUAUGCUCAGAUUGCAAUUGGCACAGAUGAUGUGUACAAAACUGCGGAAGCAAUUAAACUAGCCGGGGGGAAGAUUACUCGGGAACCUGGACCAUUACCUGGUAUCAGCACAAAAAUUACUGCAUGCUUGGAUCCUGAUGGUUGGAAGUCGGUUUUUGUAGAUAAUGUUGAUUUUGUUAAGGAGUUGGAGUAGAGUAUUUAGGUAGAUCAUCAUAGCAAUCUUGUGAGAUUGACACCUCUGUGGCUAAGAAUUGGUGUUUGAAGAAAAAUGUUUUGCAUUAGAGAAUGUAUCAUCAUAUUCAAGUUCGAUUUUGUAGAUAAUGUAAUAAUGAUUGUAGCAAUGACUCUUGUAGCAAAUGUCUUUAACUAUAUACCAUGAAGCAAGCUUGAGAAACACAUCUUUUAUA